ACUAACCCGUACAUUCUAGGCACUAUAAUACCACCAUAGAGGAGGCUAUGGUACCACGGAACACCUGAUGGUACACUCUAGCCAUUGCUCUAGCAUAACCCUAGCCAAUUGCUCUAGCACUCUAGUCUCAAGUAGGAUUCUGUAAUCCUUCUGACACCCGUAGGCCUGUAGUUUUGUUGUGCUGUGGUUGUGCUCUUGCAGCUUUGCAGGUUUCAACGAGUGUUGCCCGUAUCGCGCUGCAUUGCCCAGUAUUUCGCCCAACAGUUGAUCCCUCCACGUUUAGCACAGACGCGUCAUGUUUAACGUGAAAUGCUAGGCCAUAUUACUACGCUACUGAGCCGAAGUGAUACGCCGCGUCGUUCUCUGAUGUGUCACUGAAUCUAAGCCUAAUAGCUUCUUGAUAUGAUACCACGUCGAGACAAAAGCCGGAUUCAUCGCUCGUCUUACGCGCAAACAUGUCGAAAGGAUUUUUGGCUUUCCGCAAGGAGUCUCAGGCGUUGCAACCACUGAGUCAUGAAGAGGAGCUUCUCACGGCUGAAGUUGAGGAUGACUACGAUGCCCUCAACGAUGAGACAUUUGGAGGGGGUCUUGAUGACGGCUGGGAAGAGGUGCACGAGAAGUUUGCUGAACUUGAAGAUCGUGCCAGACACCCAUUGGACUCCUCCUCCGUGGUGGAUUCACUGGUUGAUGAAGAUCCUCUUACGUUAAACCAGGAUGUGGUAGAGCAAAGCAUCUCCCACCUUGGUUUGGAAGAUGACAGGGAUGAUGACCCAGCUAUCAAGUCUUACUCCAAGUCUACAACAUCACCGUGGCCCAUUGAAGGGGGGCGCCCCUGUUCCUCACCACCACCGCUGGCGAUUCUCCAACAGUUUGGCGGUUCCCCAAAGACAGAUACAAUCUGGACACCAAAGGCGGUAUAUCCACCUGCUGAUGACAGACUUGCUUCCCUCCUCUGGAAACUACAGCAGCAAAGCUCUGGACAAGUUUUAUCCCAGGCUGUUCCUGGGAAAUCGUCUUUGCCCCCCAAUGUGCACAUGUUGGAAGAGCUGGAACGGGAUAUGCUGUAUUCUGGUGGCAGCGAUCCCGUGCCUAUUGGGAGCCCUCGUUGUGGGUCGCCCUGGGCUGCAGUUCAUCCUGAACAUGAGGCAGGGUCACCAUGCUCUGGUGUGGCCACUUCACCUGGUCAACGGGGAUCAGCAGAACACAGCACUGGAGUGCUGCCUGCUUUCAGCACCCAGCCAAAAGCGGCACAGUUUCGUUUCAGCCCAGGCCGACCACCGUACCCGCCUCCUAGUGUGCAAGCUGGUGUUGUUCCCUUGCCUGCUCAGCUUGGUAUGUCGCCCCCUGCCAGGACACCAGGACUUGUCCAUGGCCGCAUGUCGCCAGGAAUUCAUUCAACUAGCUUUGGAAGCCACCUGCCCAUGCCUCCUGUGCCCCAUCCCAUGCUAGGACGGGGGAGGGUCAUGGUGGGCCCUCCUCCAUCCAUGUUGCUCAACAGCACAAUCCAAAGCCAGAUGCCACUGCCAGGCAACCUGCCUUUUAGACCUGGAUUCAGCACUAUGGACCUUCGACGCCUCCUCUACCCUCGGCAGGUUCAACACCCACUUCUGAAUAAGAACCACUUUGCAUCAUCGGCCAGCAAUGCACACUACCAGCAACAUGCAUACCAGACUGUAUUUGGCCAGGGCAGCUUGCCAUAUGACAGCCCUCGGCAGCCAGCCCAUCACUCAUAUCUACGGCCACAGCUGCAUGGCAAUUUGGAUCACCGGGAUAAUAGCAACUCAUUCUCUGGCGAGCAGUCAGAUGACCCUUAUGCAGGGCUCAUGACACAGAAGGAAAAGGAUUGGUUGGUCAAGAUCCAGCUGCUCCAAGUGCAGCCAGAGAACCCAGAUGUAGAUGAUUACUACUAUGUGAUGUUCACCAAAAAGAAGACUCAACAACAAGAACUGCCAGGUGUGGAUGGGGGCGACGAUGACAAACUAAAAUUCAUUCGACCAGAGCGAGUGCGCACAGAAUCAAAAAGCUACACACCAAUCCAGUUUGAGCGGUCACUGGGAAAGUUACAAGUGGUGAGCGUCAACUACCCACGGAAAAUCCUUGACAUGGGUGUCCAACGGCUCUCUGAAGAUGAAGACCGUAAGGUCCCUCCAGAUCGUCACUUGUUGUGGUUCCGCCAACUUCUACUUGACAUAGAAAAGCUCUACUCUGCAGUUCUGGAGUUUGAGGAUAACAACUGUUCUGCAGAGCGUCAAGCAGAGAUAGCAGAGAAGUUGUUUAAUGAGGUGCAGCCCUCAGAAGAGCGCUUCGUCCAAAUGGUGGGCGUGCGGAAAGGCCGCUCCUUGGUGCUUCGUGUACUUCCCAAGCUGAAAGCUGAGCACCAGGUAGCAACAUUGGCAGCCCUGCUGCGCCACUUAUCAUGGUUGCAGCGCAAGGACAGGCACGAUGGCACACUGGAACGAGGGCUGCUCAGUGCCAUCGCAGUCAUUGAGCACGCUACCCUUAAUGACCUCAUCCAACUGGCAGCCAGCUUGCUCAUGAAUCCGGAUGCUGCAUUUCCAAGCACAUUUGCUCUCCGUGUGGCCUGGACUAUUGUAGUGCGAGUGGAACACCAUUUUCAGUGUGAAGAAGCUAGCCAGCCAUUCUUGGAAGAAGUGCACAAGAAAUGGGCAAAGCUGCUUUCUGAAAUGGUGGAUUUGCUCAUCGCCUCACUCAAGAAGCAUGACAUUGGCGAAGACGACACAAGCGUCAAAAGUAAAUAUAACUCUGCAGUACUUCUGCUGUUUCCACAUGAGCGUCGAGCCCUUGCGUCACAGCUGCGACGCUUUGCAAUAAACUCUCAGCUUGCUAGUGAACUGUCCUGCACUUAUCCUGUAAAGCCCACGCACCAGGCUGUGCUUCAGUUGCAUCAUCAGCAGAAUGGAUUUGGCGACAAAGCUGCAUUGCCCUGCUGUGGUGAACCUGUAACAGCUGUUGACUAAGCUGGAGCCUAUUUUUGUGGAAGGCCAACAGAUUGACAUUUUGUGCUGCACUGUGCUUCCUGUCUUUAAUUUUUUUUUAUUGCACUUAUGAAGACCUCUCUCGUAAGCUUAUUAGAAGAGGUGUUCUCUGCCGACUGUCCUUCCUUUUUUUUUUCCUCCUCUGCCUUUUUCCUGAAUCUCUGUUGGGACUUGUAGUACUUCAAGCAGGUAUGGCAAGAUGGGCAGAAUUUCUUCACGCAAACCGUUUAGGGAUGGAUGGCAGUUACUUAACUUGCAUGUAGUAUCAAGAGUGUCAUUGGUACACAGUGAAAAUUUUUGAACAGGCCUGCUAUGGCUCCUUCGUUAUUUUCACUGAAGUGUCAAACCUUGGCAUGAUUUGGAUGUCUUUGCAUAGAGACUCCACAUUAAGAAUUCACAAAAUGUUAUAUCUUUGUAUCUUUCGGUAAAGUGCACUGUUGCUUCAUGCCAGAAAAUGGACAAAUCAGCAUGGACUUUGUGCUAUCAGAAGUUGGAACAUGUCAGAAAUACUAGCUGUAAAGCUUUUUCAUGUGUUGGGAUCAUAGCCUCUCUCAUACAUAUGUGCUGUUCAAAGUGCUCCUUGUUUUCGAAUGCUGCUUUGCUGUUCCAUUUACUCUGUGCGAGCCUAAUUAAAAUUGACUUCAUUCUGCAGUCAUAUGAAGUGUAAUGCAAUUCUGCCCAUUGCUUGCUUUGAAACUGCUAAUGGCUUUUUUUCGCGGGCUUUAGUUCUAGCCAAGGUUUUGCUGUUGAUGUUACCUUCUCUGACAGCUUCAGACCUUUGCAGCAUUACAAAAAAAAAAGAAUGCCUUUUGUGCUUCUCAUGAUUCCCAGACUUGUGGGCUCUUCGCAGACACUGUGAUAAAAGGGGGAUCCUCAAAUUUUUUCAGUGUCAAACUGCAUUGUCUCUUUGUUUUAAAUGCUUGCUCUCAGUGUUGUCUUUUCAUUUGGCUUCUUGCAAGAGGCCACUCACUUUUGAGAGCUUAGCAGACGAUUUUCACAGCCCUGCUUUUUGUUCUCAAAGUGCCCCCAUACAUUUGCUUCAGGGGUUGCCUUCUUUCUGAAUCAUGGAGCACAAGCAUUUUGAUGUUGAGUUUGUGUAAACUCAGACUUUCUUAUCACCUCAACACAUCUGUAGAAGUGUGACAUUGCACCGUUGACUUUACAUUACCAGUUGUUUUUUGAUUACUGGUGGUCAUAUGGGUGGAGUUCAUGUGCUUGAAAGUUGAAAUCUUUUCAUCUCUGCUGUGCUUGUAAAUUGCUUUUUUUUUGCAGCUAACAUAGAAAGCUGCAGGUGCAGCUGAACAUCUGGCAUUUUCAACUUAAUCUGGUUUUUCAUUUACCAACUUUGUUAGCCUGUGCAUUAUUUGUUUGUAGCAAAAAUAGAAACAAUUGGCAUUGAAUGAUGUUUACAUCUUGUUUUCCGAAUAUGUAGUGAGAAGCCAUCACUGUACAGUUGCAAACGUUUGUGUCAACAUAAAUUUGUUGCUCAUC